AUGGUCGGAGUUAUGAACUCGGUAGAGGCUGUGAUUGCGUCAAUCCAGGGUUUAUCAGCGAGUUCUGGGGAUUUAUCUGCACUCCACGAUCUUUUGAAAGGAGCUGAAGAAUCGCUUCGAGCUGACUCGGAUGUUAAACUCUCUACUCUUGAACAACUCGACCCAUCGAAGCAUUCUCUUGGUUACCUGUAUAUCCUUGAUGUUCUUACGAGUGGUCCAGUUUCGGAGGAGAAAGCUUCUGAUGUGAUUCUGUUAAUUGCACGGUUCAUUAACUCUUGUGAUGCGGGCCAGAUUCGUUUAGCGAGCGAGAAAUUUGUAUCUCUUUGUAAGAGAUUGAAGGAUAAUGUUGUAAAGCUCAACGAUCCCCUGCGAGGGGUAGCGUCACUGUUGACAGCUGUUUAUAAGGUUCAGGCCUCCACCAAACGUUUGACUGCAUUGCAUCCAGAUUGUCUUCAACUAUGUUUGCAGGCAAAAAAGUAUAAAGCUGGUUUCUCCAUUCUUAGUGAUGAUAUUUUGGAGGUCGAUCAGCCAAGAGACUUUUUUCUCUAUUGCUAUUAUGGGGGAAUGAUAUGCAUUGGGCUGAAGAAAUUUCAGAAAGCAUCGGAGCUUCUUUUCAAUGCUGUGACUGCUCCUAUGCAUCUUGUCAAUGCCAUAGCCCUUGAGGCGUACAAAAAGUACAUAUUGGUGUCUCUCAUUCUAAAUGGGCAGUUUACUAACAGUCUCCCCAAGUGUGCUUCUACAGCAGCUCAGAGGAACCUCAAGACUUUGUGUAUACAUUACAUUGAACUGGGUAAUUGUUACAACGAUGGGGGUAUCGCUGAGCUAGAGGCAUUGGUUGUGGCCAACAGCUCACAUUUUGAAGCGGACACGAACCUUGGAUUAGUUAAGCAAGCAGUGUCAUCCCUUUACAAGCGAAACAUUCUGAGAUUGACUCAGAAGUACUUGACAUUGUCGCUUGAAGAUAUAGCCAAGAUGGUCAAUCUUGCUAAUGCUAAGGAGGCGGAAAUGCAUGUGCUUCAGAUGAUCCAGGAUGGUCAGAUACAUGCCCUUAUCAACCAGAAAGAUGGGAUGGUCAGAUUCUUGGAGGACCCUGAGCAGUACAAAACGAGUGAGAUGAUUGAGAUCAUGGAUUCUGUUAUCAAAAGGACGAUUGGACUGUCGAAGAAUCUCUUAGCCAUGGAUGAUAGCUUAUUAUGUGACCCGUUAUACUUGGGAAAGGUUGGAAGGGAAAGACAAAGGUAUGACUUUGGAGACGAUUUUGAUACUGUCCCUCAGAAGUUCUCCAUGUAA